GCCACAGCCGGCUGCAGUCAGAGAGAUCGAUUAGAGAUCGCAGUCGCCUCACCGAGACACGCCGGAGAAGAGAAAAAUUCGACAUGGGAUCCGAUGGGAACACAUCAAAAGCCGGGGCCGGAUUCCCGGCGGCCUCCCUCUGCAACAACGGUUGCGGAUUUUUCGGAACGCCGGCGACGAAGGGGCUCUGCUCCAAGUGCUACGCCGCCGCGCAGAUGGCGGAGCAGGCCGCCUCCGCCUUGGAGAAGCUCUCGCUGGGGACAGAUCUCAGGGUCAAAAUCAAGCAGCCGGCUUUCGUGUGGCCGGUCGUCGAAUCGGCGGAUGAUUCAGCGCGAGAUGCGUCGCCGCCGCCGCCGCCGCGCGGUUCGAGCAGGUGCCGGAGUUGCCGGAAGAGGACGGGGCUGGUGGCGUUCAAUUGCCGAUGCGGUUAUGCCUUCUGUGCGGCCCACCGCUACCCGGAGACGCACGAUUGCACUUUUGAUUUCCGGGCUGCGGGUCGGGUCGAAAUUUCCAAGGCGAAUCCGCUGGUAAAGCCCGAUAAAAUCCAGAGAUUCUGAUUAUGAGAAUUGUGGAAUUUCAAUUCG